AUGGGCAAACCGAAGGAAUCUCUCGAGGAGAAGCGUGCUAGGAUUUACGAAGAAAUCUUGGAAGAGUCCAACAAGCCGCGGUUCGGUUACUUCGGCUAUACGGCUCCUCUCUGUAUCGGUGAGAAUUCUGCCUAUAAAACCACAAGGCGAAAACCGAGGUCUGAGGAGGAUCCUCCGGACCUGGGUCGGAAUCUAAUGACCAAUCCCUCUAAGAAAGGCACUGGAGUCGACGCUCUCUUUUCUUUCCCGGAACCUCUUUGCAAUGGGGAUCUCUAUGUUGACCCCGGUCGCCGAUUGGGCAGGAAAAAGGUCAAAGCAGUCGACCCAGAGGCCCAGUUCAAGCCGGCCGGCUCGGUUAAGGUGCCCCCUAGUGCAUACGAAUACGUCGAGCAUAAAAAUGGAAUGAGAGACCCCAUAGCUCUCCACAAUAAGUACAAGGACUAUUCCUAUCCGCGGAACUUCGUAACGUCACCAGCCAAAAUCGGUGGUGGAGGAGUGCUCACACCAGGUGUCCUAUUCUCGCCCUUCCCGGAAUAUCUGUCGGAGGAGUAUGAUGCUAUGCGGAAAACGAAGGUAGCAGGGGAUUCGGAAACCUUUGUCUUUAAAGUGGCCAACUGGUUCUUACCACGCCUUCUCUUCAUCGUACUUCAGUUUGAGGAGAUGAAACGCAACAAGGAACGGCAAGGCGAUCAAAUGCCCUUCCGUAUCGGAGCUUGCAACGAUACGACCAGAAUGUUCCAGAAGAAUAUCGAGAUGUAUCACUGUGAACAGCCCUACGGGGUCCCGCGCGUACCAGAGAAGCGCAAUAUUAAUGUGGCUCAACAUGAUGGGCCAUUCAGACCAGCCAACCCUAGCAAGAAGGGUCAUGCAUCUACUAUGAGUCCCUUCCCUGAGCACAUGCCAGAGCAGCCGAUAGAGGCUAAGCGAAAGCCUAGGGAUGAAGGGGUGACCACCAUUACUUAG